AUGCGGUAUCAUACAGAAAAGAAACCAUAUAUACGUGUUACUACUUGUAAUCAUUUUGAUCGAUAUAAGGCAUUAAAAAUAGUUCAUGAAGUUAGUAUUAGCAUCGCUUCUGAUGACUUAAAUCCUACAUACUAUUAUCGCAAAGUAACCUGUGAGAAAAAAUUACCUCUUUCAAGCUGGAAAGAUGAUCCUGAACUGUUAAAGCAAAUCUGUCUUGUUAACGUUGAAACUGCACCAGACCACACCUCAGAUAUACAAAUAGGCUUUAACGAUUUUCAAUAUGAUUGGCGAUUUAUUGUGAAGAAAGCUAAGAAGUUGGGAGUUCUUGAAUGGAUGUUUAAUCAUAUGUCAAUCAAACCAUCUGCUGAAAAGAGUAGCCUGGAAUUUUACUUAAACGAAUCUGAGCUUGAAAGUAAAUUGGAUAUGCCUAUUCACUGUAUGAACAAAUAUUAUGAAAAAGCAUUAAAUGAAACAAAUGCUACAACGGCUGAGCAAAUGCGUGAAGUAACCAAAUAUUGUAUUAUUGAUGCUAUUAACUGUCAGCGAUUAAUGGUAAAGCGUAAUACAAUUAACAAAUACAGGGAGGUAGCAUCUGUAGCCUUUAUAUCAUUAUAUGAUUCACAUUAUUUUGCAAUAGAAAUGAAAAUGCGCAAUAUUUUAAGUGCCGAUGCGUGGCAGAAAGGGAUUUUAACUAGCAUAAUUUCAUGUAAACAAAUGAAAACAAUGAAGUUUCCUGGGGCCUAUGUUUUCCCACUGGUAAAGGGUCUCAAAAAUAAAUGCCCUCAUGCUAAAUCUCUAAAGGAAAGUGAGCAUAAAAACCAAGCUGAAAUAAAAGGCCUUUAUCCAAAAGAAGAAUUAGAAAAGAAGAUUAAUUUAGCAGAAGAAAGAGGCAUACUCGCUUUAAAAGUGUAUAUGAAUACAUUUUAUGGUGAAGCUGAGAAUAGUGAAUCCCCUUUCUUCUUACGAGUAUUAACAGGUGGGGUAAUAUCAGCUGGUCAGCAGAAUAUCAAGCUUAUUGCCAAUCUUAUUAGAAGUAAAAGGUUCAGUGUAAAAUACAGGGAUACAGAUUUCUUAUACCUUGUCUGUCCAGAAGAAUGUUUUCAGAAAUGUGAUGAGGCAUAUGACAAUGGUAAUGGGAUCUCAAAAGAAGAAUAUUGGUCUAGAAUA